AUGCUCACCCAGCCCUCAACCAAACCUGCUUCUGUUCUGUCUGCCGACCCGCACCACCCUCUGCAGCAGUGGCCUGCGUGUUGUUCUCGGCGGUCCCGUGGGGUCAACCCCCAAAUCUGCCUCCUCUUUCUCUCCCUCUGCAUCGGCCGCAUGUCCUCUUUCUCUCCCUCUGCAUCGGCCGCAUGUCCUCUUUCUCUCCCUCUGCAUCGGCCGCAUGUCCUCUUUCUCUCCCUCUGCAUCGGCCGCAUGUCCUCUUUCUCUCCCUCUGCAUCGGCCGCAUGUCCUCUUUCUCUCCCUCUGCAUCGGCCGCAUGUCCUCUUUCUCUCCCUCUGCAUCGGCCGCAUGUCCUUUUUCCUCCAUGCAUCGGCCGCAUGUCCUCUUUCUCUCCCUCUGCAUCGGCCGCAUGUCCUUUUUCCUCCAUGCAUCGGCCGCAUGUCCUCUUUCUCUCCCUCUGCAUCGGCCGCAUGUCCUUUUUCCUCCAUGCAUCGGCCGCAUGUCCUCUUUCUCUCCAUGCAUCGGCCGCAUGUCCUCUUUCUCUCCCUCUGCAUCGGCCGCAUGUCCUCUUUCUCUCCCUCUGCAUCGGCCGCAUGUCCUCUUUCUCUCCCUCUGCAUCGGCCGCAUGUCCUCUUUCUCUCCCUCUGCAUCGGCCGCAUGUCCUCUUUCUCUCCCUCUGCAUCGGCCGCAUGUCCUCUUUCUCUCCCUCUGCAUCGGCCGCAUGUCCUCUUUCUCUCCCUCUGCAUCGGCCGCAUGUCCUCUUUCUCUCCCUCUGCAUCGGCCGCAUGUCCUUUUUCCUCCAUGCAUCGGCCGCAUGUCCUCUUUCUCUCCCUCUGCAUCGGCCGCAUGUCCUUUUUCCUCCAUGCAUCGGCCGCAUGUCCUCUUUCUCUCCCUCUGCAUCGGCCGCAUGUCCUUUUUCCUCCAUGCAUCGGCCGCAUGUCCUUUUUCCUCCAUGCAUCGGCCGCAUGUCCUUUUUCCUCCAUGCUUCUCCGCCGAACACCCUACCUGCGAAGGAAUGGUCGGAACGGGGUGAAGCAUCCUACCACAUCGGUGUGCCGCGCCACAUCAACCCCCCUGCAUCGCCACCCUGGGGAGCGGUCCCGCACUUGGCGCCAGACCUCCCUCCCAACAUCCCUGGGCGGGCUCUGCCUCUCAUACCCAGCCGCAGAGCAGUUUCCUGGCGUUAACGGCCGCAACAGCGCAUUUACUCAGCGCCACCAGCGGCUCACUGCACCCUAG